ACUAGUCGAUAGCAAAGUUCUCUAUAAGAAUUUUAAUGUGUACUGCGCCAGUCUGUUUUAUAUUCUGGUAGGAGUAGUACCUGUCGAAGUCGCUUUAUUUGAAUUCGUAUUAUACCGGUUUGUAUCAUUUGUUUGUUUUUGGAAUUUUGUGUUAAAUAAGGUUUAAGACCAUAAAAUCCCAUCCGUUCCGCCAAGAUGAGCAGCCUCAGGGACUUUUAUGCAGGCAAAAAUAUAUUUAUCACAGGAGCCACAGGAUUUCUCGGGAUCUGUCUUUUGGAAAAAAUACUAAGAAGCAUUCCGGAGCAUGGCGAAAUAUACUUGUUAAUGAGACCUAAAAAGGGCAAAGAAAUCUCCGAGAGACUCGAAGAAAUUAAGAAGAAUCCGAUCUUUGAGAGGAUUUUAAAGGAACAUUCAGUUGAAAAGGUUUUUGAGAAAGUAAAGGCGAUUGCCGGCGAUGUUGGCCAAGAAAAUUUGGGUAUUUCUGAUGCUGACAGAAAUAUUCUUAAGGAGAAAAUUAAUGUGAUCUUUCAUAGUGCCGCAACCCUUGAUUUUGGAGAUACAUUAAAAACCACUGUUGAUAUAAACUUAUUAGGUACAAGGAGAGUAACAGAGUUAGCGAAACAGUGCAGAAAUCUUAAAGUUUUUAUCCAUGUCAGCAGUGCCUAUGUAAACUCCUAUUUAUUGGAAGCAGAUGAAAUUUUAUACCCUCUACCAAGGGAUCCAGAAGAACUCAUUGCCAUGGUUGCAAAAUUAAGUCCAGAGGAGCUAGAAAAGGAGACACCAAUAAUUUUGGGUGACCACCCCAAUACUUACACCAUUACAAAACAUAUGGCAGAACAUGAAAUCAAAAAAUGUGAAGCAUUGUUUCCCUGCACCAUUGUGAGACCAUCUAUGAUUGUUGGGGCAUGGAAGGAGCCAGUUCCAGGAUGGACUAUAAGCAAAAAUGGUCCCCAAGGUUUUCUUAUGGGAGCUUCCAAAGGUGUAAUCAGAAGAUUACCUGUGGCUAAAAAUCUGGUUUACGAUUACAUACCCGUUGACAUUGUUGUAAAUAACUUGUUGGUUGCUGGAUACCAUGCAGGAGCCACCCAAACAAAGCAACUCGAAAUCUACCACAGCACCUCAAGCACCAGAAAUCCAUUUAAGUGGGCGUCAGUAGAGCAGAGUGUCAACAUGUACCUCCAUAAAUUCCCACUUAAAUCGGCCGUUUGGUACCCCAAUUUGAAAUUUAUAAGCUCCAUCAGUUAUUAUAAAUUCUCGUCCUUUUUCGUACAUAUUUUGCCAGCCCUUAUUUUGGAUACAGUGCUAAGGUGUACCGGUGGGAGAGCCAUCCUGAUGAGGUUGCACCAUAACGUCAACACGUCACUUGACCGACUGGCCAAAUUUAUUUUCACAGAAUGGAAGUUCCCAGCCAAAAGAACCGCCGAGCUCCAAUCUUAUCUCAAAGAUCAGGACCGGGACGAUUUUAAUGUUGACGUCUCAUCGUUGGUGUGGCCGGUGUACUUUGAUGACUUAACUUUGGGGGCAAGAGUUUACCUCAGCAAGGAUCCAGAAAAGACUCUGAAAAGUGCCAGAAAGAAGGAUAACAUACUCUAUGUGAUGCACAUUCUCUUUAAAACGGGCGUGGUAGCGCUGAUUUGGUAUCUUCUGGCCAGCAUUUUUGGUGUGUCUAUGGCUCGCUCUUGGCCAAUCUUUAUUCCCGCUGGAAUUGCUUUCUUAGCAAUUUUGUAAUUUUUUAAGUUGAAUGGUAAAUAGCAGAUUUAUAAGUUUUACUUAAUAUUUGUGUUGGUUCAGUUCAUUUUUGUAUACACCAAAGAAAAUAUUUUUUAGGUACAAUUUUGUAUUGGGUUACAUGAAGUAAUCAACUUGAAUACUUACAUUAUAUUACUUAUAUUCA